CAGUGGAUGAUACUCUACAACGGGCCCGCUUUCUCAGCAGUUUACAGCUCUGGCAGCAUCAAGCCCCUGGCUCUCAGUCCGCUUCCUGGGGUCGGCUGCAGGAGAUCGGAUGCAGAGCUCUCCGUAAUAUUGCUGCGGGCGGCGUGUUUAAUAUUUCUGCAGCAACAUUUGGCUUCCCCCUCGGAAGACCACGCCCCCCCUCCCUGCAGAUUCACAGGGUCCUGAUCCCUCCCUCUCAGCGAGCCGGCAGCCUAUAACCUCCCCGGGUUUCCGCCCAUUCCUACACAGUUGAUUCUUUGGGAUGGCAUUGUCAUGCAAAUAAAGGACGCGUAAAAUAUUCCCUCAGAGCGCUGCGCCGGGCAGAGACUCAUACGGACCGCGCGGAGGACACAGACCGGGCCAUACGGUGGAUUUGUAUCGCUUUCGUCGCUACGGACCCGUCCAUCUGUCAAAGACACCCUGGCCACAUGAGCGACGACGUAUAGCCAGGACGCGUAGCCAGGAAACGGGUCGGACGGUUCAAGGAAAACCUGCGGAGGCUGCCCUGUGGAGAUAGUGGUCAUACUUUCAAUUUCCCCAAGUGAAGUCGGAGGUGUCUCUCGUCUCCAUCCACUGCUAUUGGCUACCUGCUGCUGCUACAGAGAGGGAAUUACAUGUAGACACCCCUGGAUCGCUUGAGAGCACCCUUUUUGAUGUUUUAGGGAUUUUAGGAUCUCUCAAAUAUUAACAUUUUUUGCACACCACGUGUGUUAUUUCCUCUCUUGUCCUUUUUGGGAUAUAUACAGUGCUCUUUUUCCUGUUUUAGUACUAAAGUGCCUUAUUAACUGGUUAUAAUCCAGUGUAACUGUGGCAUUGUCACCAGACCAGAGACGCUCAACAGGGAGAAGACGAUUAUUAUCAGCUUUAGAGCCCAGGCAGGAUUACUGGUUCCCCACCCCCAGCGAGCUGCAACCAUGAGCCAGGCGGAUGUGUCUACUUGCUCCGCGCCGCAGAGGGUUUUCCAGGAGGCGGUGAAGAAGGGCAACACCAAGGAGCUGCACUCGUUGCUGCAGAACAUGACAAACUGCGAGUUCAACGUCAACUCCUUCGGACCAGAAGGACAGACGGCCCUCCACCAGUCUGUCAUUGACGGCAACCUGGAGCUGGUAAAACUGCUGGUGAAGUUUGGUGCAGAUAUCCGACUGGCCAACAGGGAAGGGUGGAGCGCUUUACACAUCGCCGCCUUCGGGGGCCACCAAGACAUUGUGCUAUACCUCAUCACCAAGGCCAAGUACUCCUCUGGCGCCCGGUGAUCUGUCUCUGCUGUCAGGUAAAAUAUGAAAAUAAAAAAAAGCAAAACUGCAACAAGUGGAAAAUAAAACUGCAACACACGGGAAAGCCAGGCUCUUGUGAACGCAAAAAAAAUGCCAUUAUCUACAUAGUUGUGCCAAAUUAUAUAGAAAAGGAAAUAAAAAUAGGCCUGCACAAUAAUCUUCUCUCAUUGUAAACCAAACGGGGCCCUCUGUGCACUCCCGGGUGAAGCACCGCAUGCUUUAUACACAGCGCUUCAACAUGAAUCUUUAACAAAAGAAACGCCGUUUCGUUGAGUUUGUUGGUACUAAAGCUUUCCUCUUGAAUGUGUAUACUAGAUCUUGUCGUCCACUAUAAAAGAAGCCAGUGUCUGUGUAUCGCAUGUGUGUGUUUGGACUCCACAGAGUGCAGAUGGCCCAGUUUUCCUCUCUCUCGCCCAUCCCCUGUACAGUUGAGUAGUUUCUUUGGGGGGGGUGGCAGCAGAUUUGACCUGUUGCUCCUCAUUGUUCACUUGUAAAACCCUUUUUAAGUUAUUUGAUAUGAAACACGGCACUUGAUGCUAUAUGGCUGCAUGCUGGAAUAUCUGAAAGGGAAGACACGAACAAGAGAAGAAGGGUUGCCCUCUGUUGGCUACCAGAGGUCUAUUUUCUUUAAUUCAUUGAUUCUUUAUUUUUAUUUUAUUUUUUUACUCAAAGAGCGGCAUUAUGGCUAUCCAACACGCUUUCAGAUGUGUAAUCAUUAUGUAACAACAAGUGACUCCAUCAUUGUUGUGAAGUACUGUACACAAUAGCUUUACUUUGUUUCUGUUUUUUUGAAAGAAAAGAAGAGACAGUAGGUGAAUACGCUCUGCAGAUCUUGCCAUGAUGGCGUCCAACUUUUCAAGCCAGUGCGACCACUUUGCCGGUGGCCGUUGUGUUAUUAAAAAGAAAAACCCGCUGCUUUCGCUUUGUAUCAAAAAAAGUCGCAUUUGGAAUUCACUUUAUAAUCUCCUUUCAGUAUUUUAUUAACAUCCUAGUCAUCACUGUGAAAGCAGGCUGUGUUUUUUAUUUAUGAAGGUACAUGGAGAAGAUGCAUUUUUGAAUAUUUUGUGGUUCUUCUUCUUUAAAAAAAAAUCUAUAAGUGUAAGAAUAUCUAGGGUGACUCAAGCUGCUUCAGACUCGUAGUAUAAACUGUCCCGUGUGGAGGUAGACCUGCCACUCCCACCCACAACCAGCACCCCAGAAACCCCUCUGUUAUAGCUUGUUGACCCUCAGGAGGACUCCCACCCCCCUCCCCCUCCCAUUAAAAGGACUUUGUUUGGUUGCCUUUUGCCAGCUACCUCGACUGUAAAGUAUUCUCAAGUUGUUCCGUUCUCUCAUGGCUCUGCCACGUCGUGUGGAGUCUGGGGAGAUUCACAAUUUGUCUGUGAUCAUCCGCAUGCCAGUAUGUUUUUGUUUUGUUUUGUUUUUUCCUGCUAUGUAGCCUAACAGACAUGAUGGACUUCAGUACAGAAGAUGCAAUGAUCCCCAAUUCCUGCAUCCUCAGUCGGGACAGUUUAUUCUACACUACAACCAAACCAAUUCUGACAAGCAAAGCAUCGUUUUGCCUUUUCUGCAAGGGAGUCUGUCUGUCUCUCUCUCUCUCUCUCUCUCUCUCUCUCUCUCUCUCUCUCUCUCUCUCUCUCUCACACACACACACACACACACACACACACACACACACACACACACACACACUCAUUGUUGCAUGUUUUCCCUAUAAGCCUCCUCUCUCUCUCUCUCUCUGUGUGUGUGUGUUUAGUAGCCUGUGUGGUCGUUUUUUUCUUUUUCCACAUUUUUUCAGUCAUACAAAACAGAAACAACAACAACAAAAAAGGAAUUGUAUCGCAUGACUUAUAAAUGCAGGGAGUUUUAUUGCACAAAAAUGAGGAGCCUUGUGCGCCCCCAGUGUUCGUACGGGGUAACUGCAGGAGCCAAGGCUUUGGAAUAGUUACUACUACUGAGCAGGACCCUAUUACUGUUGGACGAUGAAGAUUUAAGAAAAACACAUGACUGCUGCAGGAUGUCACCGAAAAGGAAAACGAGAGAGAGAAAAAAGAAUUUGGUUUCAUAAACUUGCCUGCUGCAUUUUGAACGUCAUGGCACCCUAACAUUUGUAUCAAUGCUGCUUGUAUGUUUCUUUUUUAUUUUAUUUUUGUUAAUGAUGAUGUUUGUUUUUUUUUUUUUUAAACCUACUGCUCAAAUGGCCGACAGUUGUAUAGAAGCUUCACAGCAGCACUGGCUCACCUCAUGAGAAGCUUUGUGUGUGUGUGUGUGUGUGUGUGUGUUUUCUUUUUAAAUUGAAGUGUGUGUGGUUGUGUGCCUCUCAUGAGCCCCCUGGCCCCUGUGUUGCUGUGGUAAAACAGUCAUCCAGACUGACAACAUCCCAUUUUAUACCUGGAACAACCACAAGUAUCUGAAGCGAUAGAUCCACUACAUCAAGGCAUAGAUUGGUAUCAGGCAACAAAUGAAAUAUGCAUCGCUUGUCUUAAACUUGAUGAUUUUUUUCUUCUUUUUUUUUCUUUGAAUAUUGCACUGAUGACUGUCGUUGAAAGUUGGCCUUUGUGUGUCAACAUUUAAAUUUUUUUCUGAAUAGAAAAAAAACAAACACAACAAAAUACUAUUGUAUAAAUAUAUGCUCCAGGUGAUAAUGUCCUAAUGUGUGUGUUACUUUGUGGAAAAAACAUGCUGUUUUUUUUAACAAAGAUGCGUGUAUCGCUGUGAUUGGGUGUAUGUAUAUAUACAUAUGGAUAUAUAUAUCAACGCUGAUGAUGAUGAUAUCUUGGGGCACUUUCUUUUCUGAAGUGCUGUCUUCCUGUUUUUUUUGAAAGGGGAAUAAUACAUUUGAUGGUAAGAUCAUUGUAACAUGAUUAAAAAUUGCACGGUUGUGUGGUUGUUUGGCUUACCAGGGUCAUAACAUUUAUGACGUAAGGAGCCGGCCGCCGGAAUGGUGUACAUGAGUGAGAUGAUUUUUGUUUUUCUUUUGUUUGUUUGUUUGUUUUUAAGAGAAAAAGUGCUGACUUCUUUGGACCAAGUAGUGUUUCUGGUCUUGCUUCAUUUCAAGCAAGAGGAAACAGCUGAUUUUUCAUGAGUGAUGCAGAUGUUCCAUCAUGUUUGUUUUUGUUUGUAUUCUUUUACUUUUGAACGUUUGUAACACUGUGAUGAUGACGUGAUGUCAUGUGGAGAUGAGUGCUGUAUUAUUUUUGUACGUUUGUGUACAAGCCAGUAAAGAAAUCAUUAAACUCAAAUUCUCAGUGUA